GAUACGGUCGCUAGAUCUGUCGGACGCUGGGCUCGACUUUCUUCUACAUGGUAUCAGCGAACUGCGAAUGAGAGGUCCACGUUUGGCGAUAGGUCUCAUGGAUGAGUUAUUACUCAGGAAACUUAUGCCUUCCCGUAACAUGGAUUGGAUAGGCAAAGCCAUUGUCCGGCGAGUUUGGAUUGGCACGAUGGAAGCAGAUGCGUCUGUGAGCGUAGCAGAUUUAAUCCAGACCCUGGAUCAACUCGUUCAAGAAGCUGGUCAGUGUGAUGUUGAGGCCUCAACUGCUGCACUUUCUCUCAUUUGGAAGAAACUCGAUACUAGUUAUUCCAAAAAGCAGUACAAAGAAUCCCAGCUUUGGUGCCAGGCUGCGCUCCACUCUAUCUUUGCGAAUAGUGGCGAGGCAUGUCAGGGCAAGUUCAGCAGGAGGCUGGUGCUGUGCGCUACUUCUUGUAGUGAUUCAGAAGCUGCACUUUCUGCAUUUCACUCAAUGCCUAGAAGCAUCCAGGAUGAGCCGCUCACCAGAUACCUCAUGUUCAGGGUUUCUCUUCUGACCUGGGACCAUGACUUGGGUCGUCAAUGUGUCGAAUUCCUGGGCAAAUUUGCCGAGAAAUCUCAGUGUCGAGAUAUACUAUACGCAUGUACAAGAGAUGCACAGCACGUCGGCGAUAAGCUGAUGACCUUGGAAGCUUUGAAGGCGGUGGCCGAAACCUUUGAUGCUGAAGGCUCUUUGACUAUCAAUCUGCCAUCGAUUCUAAGGUGUACGAUCAGGCUUAUACACUCGCUUGAGUCGCAAGAGGGUAGCGAAGGAGACCGAAGUCCUGAACUUGCAGAAGAAACUUGCCGAAUUUUCGAAAGGGCUGGUGAGCACGCCAAAUUGGAACCAAAGGAUGAGCAAGGUUGCAGAGUCUUCACAGUAUCGGAGCUGCACUGGUUUCGAAAGAACGCAUACAACAUCGGUGUGACAAAGUGUCAUGUCUGGGGGCUGUGGUAUCUAAUCCGCAUUUUCCGUGCGUGUCUCGCAUUUGUGGAUUGUUACCCAUCCGAUCUUCCUUCGGAGGAUGAUACUGAUCUACGACUUAUGUCCGUCCGUUGUCACUUUGUCGUCGCAGCGGCACUUAUCUCCCAGGCUCGUACUGGGGACAAGGUAGAUGAACAGCUGCAGCAGUACCUUGAAACAAGACGGCACAUUUCAGAAUUCGACACCCUUUUUGACGCUCAUUUUCGAAACGAUUCCAAGUCUCAGGUAUAUCCCGACCUCCUGGCCAAGCUGUCAACGCUUUUUGUCUUUGACUUUGAGAGUGCCGUGUGCUUGAAGAGUUGGGACGAUCUUAGACAUAUCAUUAGGAAGGCUCGGAUUUGCAAAGAUGAGAUGAUGUAUAAGGCAAUGGGAGACUGCUUGUUAAGGAGUGAAGCUUCAGGAAACGUCGUAUAUGGAACCAUGCGGCUUAUAAUCAAUGAGAUAUUCUCACUGGAGCAAUUUGACAAUCAGCAACUCGCAAAGUACAUGCGAUGCAUGUUCCAAGCUAUUCUACCCCUGGACGACAACCUUGCUUUCCAGGUGGUGGAACAAGCAGCCCAAAUAGCACGCGAAGGAAGCCAAAUGCAGAAGCCUUUCCCUGCAGAGGACUUGGACUGGAUCAUCGCAACAACAUUUAAUCAUGCGAUUGAUAUCUUGGCGAGAGGUGAUGAGGAUCUAUGUCAGCAAUGGGCUAUGAAGGCCCUUGACAUGACCGAGUAUAUGGAUGAUAAUGGCGAUAUGCGAGAUAUGCUGCGUGAGAGAGUUGUCAAGUUGGACUUGAGCAAAGGGGCGCCUAGCUGAGUUCCGACAUAUUCUUGAUUCACAACGAUGUUCACGCACUUUUCUCUUCAAAUUGGUACCGGAAUAUAAAUGAAACGGUUUUGAUGGGAUAUUCAAGCUGAAACUUGUCUCGCACGUCUUGU